AUGAUGAAGUAUCUGUUUGCUCUUUUCUUGGUGCUUGGUUUGUGGUUCUUGUACUUCACCAACGUAUCCGCCGAACAAGAAGUCACCGACCCAAAGGUCACUACCAAAGUAUACUUUGAUAUCAAACAAGGUGACAAGGACUUGGGUAGAAUUGUUAUUGGUUUGUUUGGAGAUGAUGUUCCAAAGACCGCUGAAAACUUUAGACAGUUGUCGAUCAGCAAGGACCCAAGUUUUGGUUACAAGAACUCGAUCUUCCACAGAGUUAUCAAGCAAUUUAUGAUCCAAGGUGGUGAUUUUACCCAUAGAAAUGGUAUGGGCGGUAAGUCGAUCUACGGUAACAAAUUCGCUGAUGAAAACUUCAGUAUCAAGCACCAAGGUCCUGGGUUUAUUUCUAUGGCCAAUUCUGGUAGAGACACCAAUGGUUCUCAAUUCUUUAUCACCACCGUCAAGACCAGCUGGUUGGAUGGGAAGCACGUUGUCUUUGGGAAGGUCGUUGAAGGCAUGGAUGUUGUCACCGCCAUCGAAAAAUCUGCUACUAAUUUCAGAGAUAAGCCAAAGGAGGAUAUUAUUAUUGCCGACUGUGGUGAACUUGCCGAAUUAGUUGACACUGCUACCACAUCAGGCGUUGAAGCUUCGGAAACCAAGGCUGACUCUAAGGAUGAAUUGUGA